AUUCCACACAACAACAACUAGUUAUGAAUCAGAGAUAAAGGAAUAACCACAAGUCAUUAUAUUUUAUGGGAUGUACUAUAUUCCAGCUUUUUAAUUGUGUAGAAAAGUGUACAGUUCAUUCCUGAUUAGUGUAUUUAAUAGUCUGGAUUUAAACUGCUGUGAAAAAGUUUUUGCAUAUUUUUGAUACUGAAUGUUAUCAGAUAUUCAAUCAAAAGCUGAUAUUAGAUGAAUGGAAACUGAGUGAACUAACACAAUAAUGACGUACUUAUUACAUUCAUUUCUUAAACAACGUUAUGCAACACCCAAUGCCCCUGUGCGAAAAAGUAAUUGCCCCCUUAUACUCAAUAACUGGUUGUUUAUCCUUCAGCUGAAAUGACUCCAACCAAAUGCUUCCUGUAGUUGUUGAUCAGUGUCUCACGUUGCUGUGAAGGGAUUUUGUCCCACUCUCCUGUGCAGAACUGCUUUAACUCAGUGACAUUUGUGGGUUUUCAAGCUCGUUUCAAGUCCUGCCACAAUAUCUCAAUUGGAAUUAGGUCUGGACUUUUAGUAGAACAUUCCAAAACUUUAAAUUUGUUGCUUUUUAACAACUCUCAUGUAGACUUGAUUGUGUGUUUUGAAAUGGUGGCACAACCAGUCAUUGAGAGUAAGGGACAAAUUACUUGGUCACACAGAGGAAUUGGGUGAUGCAUCAUUUUGUUAAUGAAAUAAAUGAAGAACUAUAAGAAAAGUGUUUUUUGGUAACUCAAGUUCCCUUUAUCUAAUAUUAGGUGUUGGAUGAAGAUCUGAUAACAUUCAGUAAAAAAAAGAAGCAAAAUAGAGAACCAGAAAGGGGAAAACCUUUUCAUGUCAUUGUAUGUUCAUGUGAAACCGACGUCAGUAUGCGGUUAACAGUAUAUCUUCCACCACUGUCCCUGUCCCCAUACCGGGCUCAAACUAGUGGUCAUCUGCUCACAAACACACGUCACCUCACUCCUUGACAACACACCAACCAAUUGAAAAAUCACCUGUACAUUGAAAUAAAUUCAUAAUAAUGUUAUUGGGAGAGACUGUACCAAUGAUGUGUAUAAACCCUGGAUCUCUAAUGCUAUGUAACGGCCAAUGAGAGACUUUAAAUCCACCGGUCUCUAUAUAUGGUACUCCCCAGAAGAAGCAGUCCUCCAUAAGAAUUAAUGGAAUUCUACAGUAUUUAAAUCAAAUGUUUCAAGGACUAUAUUACAUGUAUUUAAGUAUUUUGUUGUAGAAGGGACAGUAAAGUUAGUACUCUAUAAAUAAAAUACUUUAAUAUCUUCACAUGUUUAUUUAUUUAUUUGUUAUGUUCAGGUGAUAUAAAAAGCAUUAUGUGGAGCACACCCAGAGAAAAUGACUUAGUGUAGAGGUGCUGACUAACGGUGAAUACACUGUAAGCUAUAAAAACAAAGAGAGUUGCACAAUCUAUAUAUAUAUAUAAACUCCCAGUCAUUUAUUGGGUAAAACACCAACGUUUCGGAAUCACUGUUCCUUCUUCAGGGUAAAGUCAUGAAUGAUUGAACCAGGUUAUGUAGACAAACAGUGCAAUUAGUGCAACAAUGACAAUAGUGAGGGGUGUGUCAUAAUUAUGAGGUUAAUUAGAAUGAAUUGAAUAAAACUGUUAAAAUGAUAGUUUACAGCAUAUUGAAUAUAUUAGGCUAUUGUUAUCAUUAAAAUUAGUAUAAGGUUAGCAUCCACAUACAUUAUUGUUUAAUUUAAUUUCACAUAUAUUUAAUUGUUUCCAAUUUCAUUAAACGUUAUAAAAUUGUAAUCUUUUGGUUCAUCAAUAAUGCAUAAUAAGCAUCAUCAAUGGGGGGAACAUAUUGGUUCUACGCUGAUAAGAUGUAGAAAGAAUUUAUUCAUUUAAACGACGUCUUCAUAAAAAUAAUUGUUCAUAAAAAGGGCCUGAGAUCAAAGUCAGUAUUCAGACCACUAGGGGUCAAUGUUUUUAAAUAGGAACUCCAGUAGGCCUCCCUCUGCAGUAGUAGGAUCUCCAUGUUACCUCCUCUCCUUGGUAGAGCAACAUGCUCAAUACCUGUGUAUUUGAGGGAGGAGAUGGGAUGGUUAGCUUCAACAAAGUGAGCUGCUACUAGAUACUCAGUGUUAUUACAGCUAUGCAUUGUUUUAAAUGUUUUUUUGUUUGUAAUGCGUUGGCUUUCCCAAAUUUGUCUUGCAAGAGAUGAUAUCUCCAAUAUUGCGAGAUCACCAGUGGGGUUCCUUGAAGAUGUACACCAUUUUUUUGUCUGAUUGUAGAACAUCUCAGUGCUUUUUCAGGUUCGCUUUAAUUUUCUCUGAACAUUUGGUGUCCUUAGUGCAAAAGACUGUUGUAUUGUUUUUCUUCUUUGGUUUAGUUUUUAGCAAAUCCUCUCUUGGUUUUUGAGAUAUUUUCAUCACUGCAGCAUCAAUACUUUUUUCCUUGUAGCCUUUUGAAAUUAUUUUUCAUUUUCUUAGCAUGGCUCUCAAAAUCUGACUGUUGGCCACAGAUUAGUUUAACCCUGCAUAACUGGCUAUAUGGUAGACCAUUCCUGAGGGGAAGGGGAUGCAUACUAUCCCCACGUAGCAGGGUAUUGAGGUCUGUUGGCUGUGUGUACAAGUCUGUAUGUAAUGCAUCAUUCUCGUUGAUGAUCCAUAAGUCCAGGUAGUUUAUUUUUCUCUUAACAGUCUGCAUGGUGAAUCUGAGAUAUUCAGAGCUCUCGUUUAGCAGAGUUUGGAAUUAAUUUAGUUCCUGCUGACUUCCUUCCCAGAGCACAAAGACAUCAUCUAUGUAUCUCUUCCAUAGGACAAAUAUAGAAAGUAGGGAGUGUGCCUUUGUUUUGUAGAUGAGUGCUUCCUCAAAUUGUUCCACAUACAAUUUCACAUAGUUAUGGGCAAAGGGGGAGGCCAUGGCUACAUCCUGAAAUGAAAGGAAAAAGUCUGACUCAAAGAUGAAUUAGUUAUUGGAUAAUACCAGUUCAGUGAGAUACAAGAUGCACUCAUUGUAUGGAACAAGGGCAGUGUCUCUCUGCUGAAGGAAGUGUUGCAGGUCACAAAAUAUAAUUUAAAAGUCUGCAUUAAGGUGUCUGUAAUAGAAUAUACUUGUCAAAAACAAAUGUAGACAUUAAUGAAUGCAUUUCUAUAGCUUCCAACAUCUGUUUUACACUGGAGGAGGAGUAACAAGAUGGCUGUGCAGUGGCCUCCAAACAGAGGCUCCUGUCAGUCAUCUAGGGUUAAUACAUAUCAUUGGACUGAACUGAUAAUAUAUCAGAACCUCCCUGAUGUUGUCUUUUAUGUUGCAGGUGUUUUGGCCUGUUUUGGUCAACGAGAUUUGAUCACCACUAUGCCAGAUAGACUGGAUGUACUGACUGGCUCCUGUGUGCAAAUCCCAUGUUCAUUUGAUAUUCCUGACCAAAAUAAGUAUACAUUUAACAGCACAAUACUAACCUCUGGAGUGUGGAUUAAAGAAAACCCAUACUUUGGUGGGCAUCCGGACAAUGUGAUAUUUAACAGUACUGAGAUGGUCAACAGAUAUCAAGGGAAGAUAACUGGAAACAUGUCCCAGAAGAACUGCACCACAGUCUUCUUCAAUGUAACCACCAAUUACACUAAUAGAUACUACUUCAGGAUUGAGAGUCAACCAUUCCGUGCAACAGACACUGGAAAGUAUGUUGAAAUAGUUGUCAGGGAUUUGCCUUCCAGUCCCAUCAUUACUGUCUCAGGUGAAGUGAAGGAAGGGACCCCUGUCAGUUUGAACUGCUCAGCUUUCGCUCCCUGUCCUGAACACCCCCCUGAGCUGACAUGGACUCUCCCAACACAGUUCACACCUGAGAACCAACUGCAGGAGAAUCCAGACCAAACCAUAUCAGUUCUCUCCACGGUGAACUUCACUCCGUCAUACCUUCAUCAUGAGAUGAACAUCACUUGUACUGCAGUCUACCCAGUAGGGACAAGCAACAAGAGAGCUGAACAUAACAUGAUGCUUAACGUUUCAUUCUCUCCUAAGGACACCUCGGCCUCCAUCAGUCCAGCUGAUUCGGUAUCAGUGGGCAGCUGUGUUAAUCUGACCUGCAGCAGUACAGCCAACCCUCCUGUGACAAACUUCACCUGGUUCCAGAUCAGUGAGGGUAAACGAACACAGGUAGCAUCUGGACAGAGUUACACCCUCAAUGUGACUGUUGGUGAUGGAGGACUGUACUACUGUGAAGCAAGAAAUAGUCACGGCUGUGGGAAGUCGAAUGAAGUGCAGCUGGCUAUAAAAGGGCAAGAAGUGACUGUUACCACAAUGGCUUCUGGGAUUGCAGCAGGAACUUUGGGGGCCCUUUUGCUUAUCAGCCUGAUCAGUCUUUUUGUAUGGAGGAGAAACUCGAGGCUCCACGAUGGACUUGAAAGGACAGACAAUUCACAGGGACAGAACUCCCCGGUUGGAACAGUGUGUACUAACCAGGCCACAGCCGGAGAGGAACCUGAGGAACCUGCAGAAGACCAGCCUGAAGAGAUCCACUAUGGUGAAAUAGACUUCUCCAAACGACAGACCAAAGAGACCCCAGCUGCAGCCCAGGACAGGGUCCAGGGACAGGAGAGUGAGUACGCUGAAGUCAAUGUGACUGGGAGAGGGGCUCAGGAACCACCUCUUAACAACCUAGAUGAGCUUUAUGCACAAGUGAAUAAAACAGGUGGAUGUUAAGUAUUUUGCAAUUGGGUAUUAAGUGUUUUUAUGUACAGUAUUGUCAUUGUGUAUCUGUUUCUAUUGGUACUUUUGUUACAUUUAUAAUUGUGUGCUCUUUGAUUAUCUGCAUAGUCGUAGAAUUUGCUGGGUUGAAAAGAGUUUAACUGUUACUAUAGUGUUGAUAUGAUGAUGCAGGCUACUCUUUAUUUUGGACCAUUUAUUUUGACUGUUGAGUUCACAGAGCAUCUGUUUAAUGGGUUCCAGUAUAGAGGAACUGCUGAGUUCAACUAGCUCACUGAAGGCAGAUUAAGACCAUAUAAAGUCAAUGAUGACUGAGGAGAGAAGAGACAGUUAUUUGGAGAGACAGUGGUCUGAUUCAAGACAGGAAGUUGGUGAAGUAAGUCUACAUGAUGGCAGAAUGGUGUUAACAUCUACUAGUUACUGUUUAUCUUCAUCUUUUGUGCAGUUCCCAGAAUAACAAUAUGAUCUAUUUUCAGUUUAUACAGUUGGAGUCAGAAGUUUACAUACAGAUAGAUUGGAGUCAUUAAAAUUCAUUUUUCAACCACUCCACAAAUUUCUUGUUAACAAACUAUAGUUUUGGCAAGUCGGUUAGGACAUCUACUUUGUUCAUGACACAAGUCAUUUUUCCAGCAUUUGUUUACAGACAGAUUAUUUCACUUAUAAUUCACUGUAUCACAAUUCCAGUGGGUCAGAAGUUUACAUGCACUAUGUUGACUGUGCCUUUAAACAGCUUGGAAAAUUCCAGAAAAUUAUGUCAUGGCUUUAGAAGCUUCUGAUUAACAUCAUUUGAGUCCAUUGCAGGUGUACCUCUGGAUGUAUUUCAAAGCCUACCUUCAAACUCAGUGCCUCUUUGCUUGACAAAGAAAUCAGCCAAGACCUCAGAAAAAAAUGUAGACCUCCACAUGUCUGGUUCAAUUUCCAAUUGCUUGAAGGUACCAAGUUCAUCUGUACAAACAAUAGUACGCACAUAUAAGCACCAUGGGACCACGCAGCCGUCAUACCACUCAGGAAGGAGACACGUUGUGCAUCCUAGAGAUGAACCUACUUUGGUGCGAAAAGUGCAAAUCAAUACCAGAACAACAGCAAAGGACCUUGUGAAGAUGCUGGAGGAAAGAGGUACAAAAGUAUCUAUUUCCACAGAAAAACGACUCCUAUAUCGACAUAACCUGAAAGGUCGCUCAGCAAGGAAGAAGCCAAUGCUCCAAAACCGCCAUAAAAAAGAUAGACUACGGCUUGCAACUGUACAUGGGGACAAAGAUUGUAGUUUUUGGAGAAAUGUCCUUUGGUCUAAUGAAACAAAAAUAGAACUGUUUGGCCAUAAUGACAAUUGUUGUGUUUGGAGGAAAAGGGGGAUGCUUGCAAGCCGAAGAACUCUAUUCCAACUGUGAAGCAAGGGGGUGGCAGCAUCAUGUUGUGGGGGUGCUUUGCUGCAGGAGGGACUGAUGCACUUCACAAAAUAGAUGGCUUCAUGAGGGAGGAAAAUUAUGUGGAUAUAUUGAAGCAACAUCUCAAGACAUCAGUCAGGAAGGUAAAGCUUGGGUCUUCCAAAUGGACAAUGACCCCAAGCAUACUUCCAAAGUUGUGGCAAAGUGGCUUAAGGACAACAAAGGUAUUGGAGUGGCCACCACAAAGCCCAGAAAAUUUGUGGGCAGAACUGAAAAAGCGUGUGUGAGCAAGGAGGCCUACAGACCUGACUUAGUUACUCCAGCUCUGUUAGGAAGAAUGGGCCAAAAUUCACCCUACUUAUCGUGGGAAACUUGUGGAAGGCUACCCGAAACGUUUGACCCAAGUUAAACAAUUUAAAGGCAAUGCUAACAAAUACUAAUUGAGUGUAUGUAAACUUCUGACCCACUGGGAAUGUGAUGAAAGAAAUAAAAGCUGAAAUUAA